AUGGAGCAUGAUUGUUGUAAGUAUGUGCAAAAAUGUCAUCAAUGUCAAGUGCACAGUGAUUUGAUUCGAGUACCUCCUCACGAACUCAAUGCCAUGAGUUCUCCUUGGCCCUUUGUGGCUUGGGGUAUGGAUGUCAUUGGUCCAAUAGAGCCAUCCACCUCUAAUGGACAUAGGUUUAUUUUAGCUUCUAUUGAUUACUUCACCAAGUGGGUGGAAGAAGCCUCGUAUAAAUCAGUUACGAAGAAGGUAAUAGUAGACUUCGUCCGUAAUAAUUUGAUAUGUAGAUUUGGAAUACCGGAUUCCAUCAUUACUGAUAAUGGAGCAAAUCUCAAUAGUCAUUUGAUGAAAGAGAUAUGUGAGCAAUUCAAGAUUAAUCACCGAAACUCAACCGCAUAUCGUCCUCAAAUGAAUGGAGCCGUACAAGCUGCCAACAAGAACAUCAAAAAGAUCUUGAGGAAAAUAAUUGGCAAUCAUAGAUGUUGGCAUGAGAUGUUGCCAUACGCUCUGCUAGGAUACCGAACAACUGUCAGAACAUCAAUUGGAGCAACCCCAUACUUGCUAGUGUAUGGGACAGAGGUCGUAAUCCCUUUCGAAGUGGAGAUACCUUCGUUGAGAAUCAUUCAAGAAGCUGAAUUGAGCAACGCCGAUUGGGUUUCUAAUCGAAUUGAACAUUUGACUUUGAUUGAUGAAAGGAGAAUGACUGUCGUUUGCCAUGGUCAACUGUACCAACAAAGAAUGAAUCAUGCUUUUAACAAGCGAGUGAGACCAAGAACGUUUGAAGUUGGUUAG